CCCGUACCGGAGAAACCAUUUUCAUGUCACAACGGAACUUCAAGAUGUCGGAUCCGAACAACGAAACCGAUUCCUAUUUUCUCCGGAAUUUCCCGAAUUUGGUGCAGCCUCAGUUACCGCGUGGAUUUAAUCGGGGGAUGGGCAAUCAGUCUACCCAGACUAAGACUUCGCCAUCCAAGACAGGGAAUAAGUCUACCCAGACGGAACCUGUCAAUGAUGACAACGUGCGCCUAAAUGAGAUGUUGACCGGCCACAACUGCGAUUUGCUGUGCGAAGUACUGGAGUCAAGGAAGCGAAGGCUUCCCGUGGAGGACCUAACUGGGCUUCUAACUACAAUACUAGAGCGAAAUCCAGAUGGGAAACCGCUGCCUAAGCGGCAGAAGCUGGAGCGCCAGGAAGAAACGUCCUCAGAGGAGACAACAGAAGAUUGGGAAACUGAACCAUUCUAACUUGGAAAAGUCGAUGAGUUAACGACAAAAUGAUUGCAGGUCAGAUUCAA